CCGACCUCCCCAAAUUAGAAGUCCCUACUCCCUAUUUCUGUUCUCUAACUCUCCUCGUUCACAUCGCAAGACCUUAACCGUCAGUUUCUACCUUCUACUAUCUCGGCCUGCCUGCACAGCUGCACUACUCCUUGCUUCCACCGCCGCCGCUACUACUUUCCGGUUUUCUAUAAAAGUCAGGUAUUGUUAAUAACACUGCUAAGUAAUGAAAGGAAUUCUGGAAAUUACCUACCAUGAAAAUGGGGUGCUUUUACUUAAAGGACAUUGUUGAGUACUGAACUCGAGGAUGGUACUUGCGGCUGCUUCGCAGCAGUCUAUUGUUGGAAUCCCUUUCUUACAAGGAGUGGAUUCAUGUUGUGACAUAAAGAAAACGAGUGCUUGUUUUUUCCAUUGUACAUCUGUGAAACCAUCGCACCCCGACUUGGCUUCCGGAUUCAAAUAUAGCUGUAAGUCUCAAUUUUAUUUCCGAUGGUCUCGAUUUAGCCUAAGGGAACAUUUUUUCUGGUCAAAACACAAAGCUCGGCAUAGUAAUAUCUGCAUUGACAAUGUGGAUAAAAUUGAACAUAAUGGAGGGAGGUCACAGAAAUAUACAAAUGGUCUGCAGAAGAAUGCGAGACAGAUUAGUUUGAAUAAGCCUGUUUUAUUUGAAGGACCCUUUAUUGAGAAUGAUGAGCUCAAAAACAAUGAUAUUCUUCAAAAAUUCUGCAGCUAUGGAAAGCUAUUUGAAGCAACAAGGCUGGUGGAGGUCAUGGCCCGUCGAAGUCAAAUUCCUCACCUUCCUUCUUGUAUUAAUUUGAUACGUGGUCUCACAAAUCUCGACCAGGUUGAGAAAGCCACAAAGGUCUUGCAAAUUGUGGUCAUGUCUGGGGGUGUCCUAGAUGUUAUUACAUACAACAUGUUGAUUGGGGGUUUGUGCAAGAGAGGGAAGUUAAACUCUGCCAUUGAUUUCUUGGAAGAUAUGAGCUCAAGUGGCUGCCCACCAGAUGCAAUCACAUACAACACUAUCAUCAGGAGCUUCUUUGAUAGGGGCAAGUUUGAUGAGGCUAUUGCAUUCUGGAAGGAGCAACUUAGAAAGGGGUGUCCUCCUUAUAUUGUCACAUAUACCAUUCUGCUAGAGUUAGUUAUGAAACAUUGUGGGUUAGAAAGAGCUCUUUGGGUGUUGGAUGAUUUUGCUGUUGAAGGCUGUUAUCCUGAUCUGGUCACUUACAACUCACUGGUAAAUUCUACUUGCAAAAAUGGAGAUUUCCAAGAAAUGUCCUUGGUGAUGAAUAAUUUUGUAUCGCAUGGUUUGGAGCCGAAUACUGUGACUUACAACACUAUACUUCAUGCUAUCUGUAGUCGUGGUUAUUGGGAACAAGCUGAUGACAUUUUGUCCUUCAUGAAUCAAACUUCCCAUCCGCCGACAGUUGUUACUUAUAAUAUCUUAAUUAAUGGUUUGUGCAAGUAUGGGCUCCUGGAUCGUGCCAUAAAUUUUCUUGAUGAAAUGGUUAGCAGAAACAUUUCCCCAGAUAUAAUCACUUACAAUACCCUUUUAGCAGCCAUAUGUAAAGAAGGAAUGGUGGAUGAGGCUCUUCGCAUUACUAGGCUUUUAAGUGAUAGGAACUGCUCUCCUGGCUUAAUUACUUAUAACAUUAUCAUGGAUUGUUUGGCUAAGAAGGGUUCUAUGGAGAGAGCAAUGCAAGUGUACAAUGAGAUGAUCGAUAAGGGGAUCACUCCUGAUGAUAUAACUCACCGUUGUCUAGCGUGGGGUUUUUGUCGGACAGAUAAAUUUGAUGAGGCUAUGGAGGUACUCAGGGAGAUGGAUAGAAGAAACCACAAGAUUUCGAUCAGCUUUUGCAGGUUUAUGAUUCUGGAGCUGUGUAGAAAUGAGAAGCUGGAUAUUGCGAUACAAGUUCUGGAAAUCAUGAUCCGCAAUCAGAUCAAGCCAGAUGCAACUGUUUUUACCAGUUUAAUUAGAGGAAUAGCUGCUUCUGGUAUGAUGGAAGAGGCUAAUGAACUCUCUUCUACGCUAGUUCAGAGGGGGAUUCUGAGAGAACGUGUUAACCUCAAUUGACAUGCAAGUUUUGACUUCUCUAAGAUUCCGAGUAUGGUCCUUUCAGUAUCACCUUCUCUUUGGCUUCUUCAGAGUGAUUUCUUCUUAGACACCUUAUAUUUUUUACCCCUUGGAGAUAGGAGGCAUAAGAGAGGGAGGAGGGGACAAAUUUUUCAAACUGUUGGAUACAAUAUCUACACUUACUAAGAGUGGUCUGACAUAAGACACAGUGGUAGCAAACUACAAAUAGACAUGAAAGCUCUUCAGAAGUAGCAGCCAACAAUAAAUAUGUAAGGAAGUUUUAUUUACAGUGUCUUAUCUAAGACAUUUUGAGAUACAAUUACACAUCUAAUUUGUUCGUAUUCCAGAGGCUGCAAGUUCUUUAUUUGGAGAAAGAGCAGGGAAGGUCUUACUCAAGCGUCUGAAAGAAUCAGAGGAAAUGGCAUCCAUUUCCAUUAGUGUGUUUGCCAAUUCCAUAGCCUCAUAGUGCCACCCUGCAAAUCCUAUCCCUUCAAUCAACAAAGUAUAAGUUGUUUCAUUUGGUUGACAACCCUUUUCGACCAUGCGUCCCAGCAAUUCAACUGCAUCUGCCAGCCUCUGUUCUUUGCAAAGACCAAGUAGGAUCAUGUUGUAGCUAAUAACAGUUGGUUGAAUACCAUAGUUCUCCAUGUCCCUUAGUAAUUUCAUAGCAUCAUCCACCAUCCUAUCUCUGCAUAAACAGGACAGAAGGGCAUUGUAAGUGAUCUCAUCAGGAUCAAUUCCAUUCUUAAACAUUUCUUCUACCAUUUUCAUAGCCCUUGGUCGAUCCCCAGUAUUCCACAAUGCACUUAUCAAACAGUUGUAGGAGCUCGCAUCUGGAUUACAUCCCACGUCACUCAGUUUAUCAAAAAUCUCCAGAGCUAGAUCAGCCUUUCCAUUCUUGCAUAGAGCUGCCAAAACAGUGUUGUAAUUGACGAUAUCAGGCAAGCAUCCAUUUGAUAUCAUAAGAUCUAGAACUCCAAUAGCUAAAUCCAAUUUCCCCUCUUUACAGAAUGUUGAAAUCAGAGGAUCAUAGCUAUAGUUAUCAGGUUUCAGGCCUUUUUCCAUCAUGACUUUCAGCAUAGUUAGAGCCUCCUCUACCUUGCUCGCACGACAUAAGGCAGCUAUAAUUAUGCUAUAAGUAACAACAUUAGGCUCAGAUCCUCUAGCUAGCAUCUCUCUGACUAAUUGUUCACCUUGUUCCCAUUUUCCUCGGUCUAGUAGUGCUCUUAAGAGAAUGUUGUAUGAGAUUGCGUCUGGAUGAGAACCUUGGGAGGGUAAGCUCCGGACAAAGGCAAACGCUUGAUCCACUGACCCGUCCUUGCACAUCCCUCUAAUCAUGGUGUUAUAGACAUAGAUGUCGGGCUCUAGCCCUCUUCCUAGCAUCUCGUUGAAUAGUUGCAUUGCUUCUUUGGUCCCACCUUCAAUAAGAGUGGCUUCUAUCAAGAUAGUAUAGGUAACAACAGUUGGUUGACAAUCAUCUAUCAAUAGUUUAUCCAACACUUUUGAAGCCAAAUCAAGCUUUCCCCUGCUGCAAAGGCUACCAAUCAUGAUGUUGUAAGUGACUAUAUCAGGGGAAUAUCCUUUACCCCUCAUUCUGCUAAGAAGCUGAUUCGCAUCUUCAAUUCUGUUUACCUUACAGAAACCACUGAUCAUAGCAUUAUAUGCAAAUAAAUCUGGCUCUCCUUUCGUUUCUAAAAUCUUCAUCACUUCUACUGCUUUAUUAAUCUCUUUGCUGUUAAAGAACCCUUUAAUGAGCUUUGUGCAGAGGACUAAAUCAGGCUUGUAACCUUUGCUUACCAUACACUGAAGAAAAUAGAAAGCUUCAUUGAACUUUCCUGCUUUAUGAGACUUUUUGAUCAAUUUCAGCAACUGGGGCUCUUUGAAAUCAAGUGGGUUGAAAAAACCCGGUCUAGUUUCGACAGAAUAUGCUUGGAGUUUUGGUAAAUUUCUGUAGUAAAUCUCAUUUGAGAUAGUUUUUUUGCAGGUAAUUGGGCUAUUUUGAUAUGAAGGCAAUGAAGGGAUUCGGAGCUCUGAAAUGUAUGGAAGACAAUUAGGGAAUAGUUCAGUUGUAUAUAUUGUCAUUUGGAUUUUCUUAGUUUCUUGCUAGGCUGAAAUUUUUGUUAAACAUUCAUGAUGACUGCAUAUUUGAGGAGAGAGAAAGAACAAAUAUUUCUGUAGGAUCUGUCACUACCAGUGGUUGUGGGCUGCUGAGGCAUUUACCGCUCUCUUUUUUUUUGGC